AUGAAUACCCAACGUAGAACCCUCGAGCUGAAGGAUGACACCGUCAUUGUGGUGCUCGGUGCAUCUGGAGAUCUUGCAAAGAAGAAGACUUUCCCUGCCCUCUUUGGCCUUUACCGCAACAAAUUCCUUCCCAAGGACAUUAAGAUCGUCGGAUAUGCCCGAACAAAGAUGGACCACGAAGAGUACCUGAAGCGUGUGCGAUCCUACAUCAAGAUUCCCACAAAGGAGAUCGAGGAGCAGCUCGACAGCUUCUGCAGCCAUUGCACUUACGUCUCCGGCCAAUACGACCAGGAUGACUCCUUCAUCAACCUCAACAAGCACAUCGAAGAGGUCGAGCAGGGCCGGAAAGGACAGAACAGAGUCUUCUACAUGGCAUUGCCCCCCAGUGUCUUCAUAACUGUCUCUGAGCAAUUGAAGAGAAACUGCUACCCCCAGCACGGCAUCGCCCGUAUCAUCGUCGAGAAGCCCUUCGGCAAGGAUCUUGAGAGCUCCCGUGACCUUCAGAAAGCCCUCGAGCCCAACUGGAAGGAAGAUGAGAUCUUCCGUAUUGACCACUACCUGGGUAAGGAGAUGGUCAAGAACAUCCUCAUUAUGCGCUUCGGUAACGAGUUCUUCAACGCCACCUGGAACCGUCACCACAUCGACAACGUUCAGAUCACAUUCAAGGAGCCUUUCGGUACCGAGGGCCGUGGAGGUUACUUCGACGAGUUCGGCAUCAUCCGUGAUGUCAUGCAGAACCACCUUCUGCAGGUGCUGACCCUGCUCGCCAUGGAGCGCCCCAUCUCUUUCUCCGCUGAAGACAUCCGUGACGAGAAGGUUCGUGUGCUCCGUGCGAUGGAUGCGAUCGAGCCCAAGAACGUCAUUAUCGGCCAGUACGGCAAGUCUCUGGAUGGAAGCAAGCCCGCAUACAAGGAGGACGACACUGUCCCCAAGGACUCGCGCUGCCCGACCUUCACCGCCCUGGUCGCAUACAUUAAGAACGAGAGAUGGGAUGGUGUUCCCUUCAUCAUGAAGGCCGGAAAAGCCCUUAAUGAGCAGAAGACCGAGAUCCGCAUCCAAUUCCGUGAUGUGACUUCCGGUAUCUUCAAGGACAUUCCCCGCAACGAGCUGGUUAUCCGUGUCCAGCCCAACGAGUCGGUGUACAUUAAGAUGAACUCUAAGCUGCCUGGUCUGUCCAUGCAGACCGUGGUGACCGAGCUUGACCUUACCUACCGCCGUCGCUUCUCCGACCUCAAGAUCCCCGAGGCUUACGAAUCUUUGAUUCUGGAUGCCCUGAAGGGUGACCACUCCAACUUUGUCCGUGACGAUGAACUGGACGCCAGUUGGAGAAUCUUCACUCCUCUCCUUCACUACCUUGACGACAACAAAGAGAUCAUCCCCAUGGAAUACCCCUACGGAUCCCGUGGACCCGCUGUUCUUGACGACUUCACUGCCUCGUUCGGAUACAAGUUCAGCGACGCUGCUGGCUACCAGUGGCCGAUGACCUCUGCCCCCAACCGGUUGUAA